CAGGAAUUCUAUCAAAAAUAUUGGAGAAAUGGUUAAAUUUAUCAUGAAAAUUAUAAAAAGAAAAGUAAAUAUAAACACAUAACCAAUAAAUGAAAAAAAUUUAUUGUUGAAAAGGAAAUAGUAACAUCAACAAAAAGGUACAAAAAUAGGUUCCAUUAGAUUGUAACAUUUUCAAAUUAUUUUACAACAAAACCAAAGCAAGUUUAUGAUAAUACUCCAUAACAUAACCUAAAAAAUGUAUUAUUCUACAGCAUCCAAAUGAAAACAAAUUAAAAUUUAAUCUUGCAAACUGUAUUUCUGCGAAUCUCUAAUGAAAUUUAACCUGUCAAGAGCUAAUUGUUGCAAAUAGAGAGCAAACAUUAGUCAUUGUACUACAUUCAUUACACUCCUCGGAAAUACAUAUUUCAUCAAAUGCAGCACAAACACAAAAAUGUAAUGUCCACGAGCACAACAGUAAAUAGUUCACAAACAUCUUAGAAACAGCUUUUUAAAUGCAAUAACAAAUACUGUGUUCUCACUUUUCACCAUUCGAUAUUCUACACUCUCCUUGAGGACUCGCAGAGAAAACACUUGUCGAAAGGUGUUCGUGAACCGGUUAGCAUGGAUGUUACAAAGUCAGUAUUGUGAAAUUGUGUCAUUAGUCUGUUGUGAAAAUUGUCAUUUGUACUAGAUGUUGUGUAGUUUAUUUUUAACUUCUUUAAGUUCUUUUGUACUUGUUGUGCGUAAUAACUACUUUCGGUAAUAUUUUUAAUUUAGCUGCAAUUUAGCACAUCUAACCUCACAUUUACAUUGAGAAAAAAGAUUAAUGUCUGUACAAGAAAGAAAUGACAGUGACAUUAACGAUGUGUUCGAUUCUAUUGCAUUAAGUGAAAACCUUAUUCAGAAGGAAGGCUUUGAAGAAGGUUUUAAGAAAGGUGAAAGAGAUGGGGCCAUAGAAGGUUUUCACAUUGGUUUCCACAAAGGUAUUGACAUUGGAAAUGAAAUAGGAUAUUACAUUGGAGCUGUGGAAGCUUUACAUGUGCUUAGCAAGACUAAAGAACUACCUGUAAGAGCAAGACAGGUUUUAUCAAAGUUGAGAGAACUUUUGAAAGAAUUUCCUGUCUGUAAUGAUCCCAAUGUUGAUAUCAUCUGUUAUCUUGAAAAAAUUAGGGCAAAAUAUAAAAUGAUCUGCUCACUUCUAAAGAUGGAGCCUUAUGUGCCAUCAUCUGGAGAAUUUUCGUUUUAAAAAUAUGAGCCCCAUUAAUGAAAAUGGCUGAAAUAAAACUUAUUCAAUCUCAAUUAGACAAAGUCAUUUCAUAUCUCCAACCUUUAUUACCCUUGGCUAAUUGUCACAUGGUGUGUCUCUUUACUGAAAAUUACUGGUCAAAUUUAGUAUCUUCUGAUAUGCAAAAUGAAUACAAUAAAAUUGGACUCACAGGCUUGUAUAGAAUUUUUGGACACAUAACGAAGUCUAACUCAUCUUCUAGUUAUGAAAGUGAUGUAUCUGAAUUAAUGACAAGUACCCCUCACUUCACUGAACACUUCUCAUCGUCCAGAAGAAUGUGCCUUGGUUUUCUAAAUGAUGUCAGUUUAUCACACAGUCUAUUUCAAGAGAAGUUAAAAUCUUGGGGAUUUGAAGAAACAAAAAAUUUUUCUAUAAAUGAAUUCAUGACUUCUAAAAAAACUCAUGAAGUAGAAAUGAUGAGCCAGGUUGUUGCAGCCAUUUCUGGAGUCUCUGGUUCAUCACAUAUUGUAGAUGUUGGGAGUGGAAAAGGAUAUUUGAGCUCAAUGCUGGCUCUUCAGCAUGGCCUUCGUGUUUUAGGUGUGGAUAGUUCUCAAAUUAACACACAUGGAGCUGCCAAGAGAUCAGAAAAACUUCAGAAAUAUUGGCCAGGUCUGUGUCGAAGAGCUGUGGAAAAACGAGAGCAUGAUGUUGCAAUGAAGCGUGGAAAACACUGGAAAUCAAAAUCCCAUCAAACUGACAGUUUUCAGGACAAUUGUUCCACAUCUGGUGAUUCAUCUUUAGAAUACUGUAAAUCAACAUCAGCUUCUUUAUACAGGCAGGCUACAUUAUACAUCUCUGAGACUAGUAACAUUGAGGAAAUUGUGAAAGAGAGAUUCCCAGAUGAAACUGCGUAUUCCAUGGCGCUAGUUGGACUGCAUACAUGUGGUAAUUUAGCAGCAACAUGUCUCAGGUUGUUUGUGCAAAAUGAUACCAUCAAAGCUCUUUGUAAUGUUGGUUGCUGUUAUCAUCUUAUAGAAGAAGAAUAUUGUAGAAAUCCAUUUUCCCAAGAACCAAUCACACUUAACUCUGAGUUUGGUUUCCCUAUGAGCAAGUUUCUCACAUCAAAAAAAUUUGCUCUAGGCCGAAAUGUGAGAAUGUUGGCUGCGCAGUCUGUUGACAGACUUUCUGAGAAAAAUGAGAUUCCAGUCACUUCCCUCUUCUACAGAGCUCUUUUACAAGUCAUUUUAAAACACAAGACUGGUCAUGAUCGAGCUGACUGGCAAGUUGGUCGCAUUGCAUCCAAGUGUCAAAACUUUGAAGAGUAUUGUAAUAAGUCUAUUAAAAAACUUAAAAUUGAUCUGGAGAUAACUAGUUCAGAGAUUCAAGAAUUUUAUGACCAGUAUAAGGAAAGAAAGGAUGAGUUGGAAGCAUUUUUCUUGAUUCGAGUGUCUCUUGCUCCUGUUAUUGAAACAGUCAUUGUGCUUGAUAGAUUGCUAUACUUAGUUGAACAGGGCAUCAAGGAGGUACAUAUUGUACAACUUUUCAACCCUGUGAUAUCUCCUCGUUGCUAUGGUAUUAUAGCUUUGAAAGAUUUUAAUUGUUCAGAGAGUAAAAAAGUAUAAUUCAUACAUAUUUUACAAGUUUUAGUAUUAAAGUGUGUUUAUUAUUUUAAUAAAUUGUUGAAAUUAUUUAGAAGA